UUACUUCCGGGUCACACAGCAGCCAUGGCGGAAAAGGAGAAGAAGAAAAAGGAAAGCAUCUUCGAUUUGUCCAAAUACAUCGACAAGCCGAUCCGUGUGAAAUUCCAAGGUGGACGUGAAGCCAGUGGCGUCCUUAAAGGGUUUGAUCCUUUGCUGAACCUGGUGCUCGACGGAACAAUUGAGUACAUGCGUGAUCCAGAUGACCAGCUGAAGCUGACAGAAGACACCAGGCAGCUGGGGCUGGUGGUUUGCAGAGGGACCUCAGUCGUGCUCAUCUGCCCUCAGGAUGGCAUGGAGGCCAUACCAAACCCUUUUAUACAGCAGCAGGAUGGUUAACAAAAAUCAUGGGUGGGGAAAAAAAAUCAUGCACAUGCUUCUUCUUCUUUUUUUUUUUUUUUUGCCUUUUCAACUUUUGUAUUUGUUUCUACCAUUAUUGUAGUGCAUGCAACAAAUUUUGUUAAUCGGUAAAGACUUUUGCACUUCAGUUUCAUUUUUGUGCAAAUAUUUUUGUUGCGAUGCGCCCACAUGUUAUAGGGGUGAUAGCUGUAAGUUAGGAAUUCAAAAUGCACACCUUUUAUUGUUCUUUGUUUUAUCAUUGACCCAGAGUAUCAUUCUGGCACAGCUGUAAAGAUUUAAUUUCUUGGCUGGUCUGUACGCGGCUCAGGGUCCCUCUGGGCUGUUUAGCUUUCUAACUUGUCACUGCAUUCUCAAUUUGUUGAAACAAUGACUUUUGUUUUUGAUAAGAAAAUAAAGUCAAAAUGAAGUGCA